AUGUCUUCCUCGGGAGCUUGGGGUCCGGCACCGCCCGGGGUGGACCUCACGGAACAUCAGAACAGGGAUCUCAUCGGCUCCGUCGUGGCUGUCAUGGUCCUUGGCCUGUUUGCUGUGGCCCUGAGGUUGUUCGUCCGGCUCACACACAGAGGUCCCGGGCUUGCCGAAGAUGACUAUUUUAUCGUGUUUGCAGCGACCUGUGGCAUCGGCACCGCCGUGUGCUGCCUCAUUACUAUUCCAUGGGGUGGCGGAAAGCACCUGUGGGUUGUCACGUUUGACGAGUUCACCAAGUUGUACCAGACGACAUAUGCUUUUGUCAUCGUCUACAUCACUUGCAUAUCAGCCACAAAAGUGUCGAUCAUGCUGUUCUACCGCCGCAUGUUUGGCAAGGGCAUCAUCUGGAACAUCGUUUUCGGACUAGCCGUCUGCCACUGGCUGGAGGUCACCAUCACUUGGCUGUCCGGGUGCCGGCCGGUGAACUACUACUGGAAGCAGUACACUGACCCAACGGCGGUCGGUACUUGCAUCGACGCCUCUCUGUUUUACUUUAUCAACGGCAUCAUCGGCCUGUUCAUUGACGUGUCCAUCCUGCUCGUCCCCGUCCCAACCAUCCUCAAACUCAAGAUGCCCCCCACCAAAAAGCUCUUCGUCGGCGGCAUCCUCCUCCUCGGUGGCUUCGUCUGCAUCGCCUCCGCCGUCCGCAUCGUGAUGAUGGACCAGCUGGUCAAGUCCGCCGACUUCACCUGGGCCAUGUCCAAGGUCUUCAUCUGUGGUGGGUCCGUGGCCACGUCGGCCGUCUCGCAUGGUCACGGUAGUUCCAGUGGCGGCAGUGGCGUGCCGCAUAAGGGGCAUGGGUAUUUUAGGGAGGAGGGGUUCGGGUUUGCGGCGCCGGGGCUGGGGCAUGGGCAUGGGCACCAUGGGCAUGGGGGGAAUGUGAAGAAGGUGGGGCCGAUGGUGCAUGUGGCGGGUGUGGAUGGGAAUGGGAGGUCGGGCAGGAGGGAGUGGGGGUUGCAUGGGUUGGGGAGUGCGGAGACAACGCUGAGGGGGGAGGAUGAGAUUGAGUUGACGGUGGAUAUUUCGGGGAGGGAGGUCAGUACGAGUGGGUCGGGGGAGAAGGGGAGUGCAGAGGAGAGAGCGGCGUAUCGGAAUGAGAUUAUGGUGAGGAAGGACUUUUCUUGGGUGAGCACGGGUAGUGUAUGA